UUUACAUGCCUUUGUUUGCUUCCUCUCCUCUCAAAGGAACUCUGUCCAGGCUUCUUCUUUGGGAAUGUCAGUCUUUGUUGUGACACACAGCAACUUCAGACAUUGAAAGAUAAUUUGCAACUGCCUCUACAAUUCCUGUCCAGGUGUCCAUCCUGUUUUUACAACCUAUUGAACCUCUUUUGUGAGCUAACUUGCAGCCCUCGACAAAGCCAGUUUCUGAAUGUUACAGCCACCAAAAGUUAUAUUGAUCCCACCACAAAUGAGACCAAAACAAAUGUAGAAGAACUCAAGUACUACAUUGGACAAAGCUUUGCUGAUGCCAUGUAUAACGCCUGCCGGGAUGUUGAGUCUCCCUCCAGUAAUGACAAGGCCCUGGGCCUUCUCUGUGGGAAAGAUGCAAAAGACUGUAAUGCUACCAACUGGAUUGAAUAUAUGUUCAAUAAAAAUAAUGGACAAGCACCUUUCACCAUCAUACCUAUUUUUUCAGAUAACUCUCUUUAUAAAAUGGAACCAAUGAACAAUGCUACCAAAGGCUGUAAUGAGUCAGUGGAUGAUGUAACUGGGCCUUGUAGCUGUCAGGAUUGUUCUAUGACUUGUGGGCCCAAACCCCAGCCCCCACCACCUCCUGUUCCCUGGCUGAUAUUUGGCUUGGAUGCCAUGUAUGUCAUUAUGUGGAUCUUCUACAUGGGAUUCUUGCUUGUGUUUUUUGGAAUGUUUUUUAUAUUAUGGUGCUACAGGAAACAGUAUUUUGUCUCUGAAUACACACUAACUGGUGGCAAUAAAGCCUUUUCUGUUAAUGCCAGUGAUCGAGGGGAGGCUUCAUGUAGUGAGCGCCUUGGGGCGGUGUUUGAGAGCUGCUUGACCCAGGGGUUUACACGAUGGGGCUCUUUCUGUGUGAGAAACCCAGUGCCUGUCAUCAUCUGCUCCCUGCUCUUCAUCGCAGUCUGUAGUUCGGGUCUGGUGUUUAUGAGACUCACUACCAAUCCGGUUGAUCUUUGGUCUGCCCCCAACAGCCAAGCUCAUUUGGAGAAAAAAUACUUUGACACCCACUUUGGACCUUUCUUCCGUACUGAACAACUUAUAAUCCAGGCUCCACACACCAAAGGGCACAUUUACCAGCCAUAUCCUUCCGGAGCCGAUGUUCCCUUUGGACCCCCCCUGGACAAAGGGAUUCUGCACCAGGUGCUAGACUUACAGACAGCUAUUGAGAACAUUACUGCUUCUUAUAACAAUGAAACGGUGACCCUUCAGGACAUCUGUUUGGCUCCCUUAUCUCCUUAUAACAACAACUGCACUAUCCUGAGUGUACUAAAUUACUUCCAGAACAGCCAUUCUGUUUUGGACCACCAAAAAGGAGACGAAUUCUUUGUCUAUGCAGAUUAUCACACCCAUUUCUUAUACUGCACAAGGUCUCCUGCCUCUUUGAAUGAUACAAGUCUGCUUCAUGAUCCUUGUUUGGGAACAUUUGGUGGGCCCAUUUUCCCUUGGCUUGUCUUAGGAGGCUAUGAUGAUCAAAAUUAUAAUAAUGCUACUGCCCUUGUGAUUACCCUUCCUGUCAAUAAUUACUAUAAUAACACUGAAAAGCUACAGAAAGCUCAAGCCUGGGAAAAAGAAUUUAUCAACUUUGUAAAAAACUACAAAAAUCCAAACCUAACUAUUUCUUUCUCUGCUGAACGAAGUAUUGAAGAUGAGAUAAAUCGUGAAAGUAAUGGUGAUGUUGUCACUGUUCUAAUUAGCUAUGCUGUCAUGUUUUUAUAUAUUUCCAUCGCCUUAGGACACAUCAAAAGCUGUCAUAGAUUCCUGGUAGAUUCUAAAAUCUCCCUGGGAAUUGCAGGUAUCCUGAUGGUACUCAGUUCAGUAGUGUGUUCUCUAGGUCUCUUCAGCUAUAUUGGAAUACCCCUCACCUUAAUUGUCAUUGAAGUCAUCCCAUUCUUGGUGCUUGCAGUUGGAAUAGACAACAUCUUUAUUUUAGUUCAGACCUUUCAGAGAGAUGAACGCCUUCAAGGGGAAACACUAGAUAAACAACUGGGCAGGAUCCUGGGGGAAGUGGCUCCGAGCAUGUUCCUGUCAUCAUUUUCAGAGACUAUAGCCUUCUUCUUAGGGGCUUUGUCAACCAUGCCAGCUGUGCGAACUUUUUCUCUGUUUGCUGGAAUGGCUGUUUUCAUUGACUUCCUCCUUCAAAUUACUUGUUUUGUGAGUCUUUUAGGCCUGGACAUUAAGCGUCAGGAGAAGAAUAAAUUGGAUAUUCUGUGUUGUGUCAGAAUUGCUGAAGAUAGAACUGAUUCCCAGCCAUCAGAGAGCUAUUUGUUUCAGUUUUUCAAAAAUGCCUUCUCUCCAUUUUUGCUGAAAGACUGGAUGCGGCCUAUUGUGAUAUCUGUAUUUGUGGGUAUUCUGUCAUUCAGCAUAGCAGUUCUCAACAAAGUGGAAAUUGGCUUGGAUCAGUCUCUUUCAAUGCCAGAUGAUUCUUAUGUAUUGGAUUAUUUCAAGUCUCUGAAUCAGUACCUACAUGCAGGUCCCCCUGUGUAUUUUGUGGUAGAAGAAGGACAUAACUAUACCUCUUUAGAAGGGCAGAACAUGGUGUGUGGUGGAAUGGGAUGCAACAACAAUUCACUUGUGCACCAAGUUUUUAAUGCUGCAGAACUAGAGAAUUACACAAAGAUAGGCUUUGCCCCUUCUUCCUGGAUUGAUGAUUAUUUUGAUUGGAUUAAACCCCAGUCUUCCUGCUGCCGAAUUUAUAAUAUGACAGAACGGUUUUGUAAUGCUUCAGUUGUGGACCCUUCCUGUAUUCAUUGCCGGCCUUUGACUCCAGACGGCAAAAGGAGGCCUCAGGGUGAAGAUUUCAUGAAAUUUCUGCCAAUGUUUCUUUCUGAUAACCCUAACCCUAAAUGCGGCAAAGGAGGCCAUGCAUCUUAUAGUUCUGCUGUUCACUUCAAAAACAAUUAUACCGAGGUCGGAGCCACGUACUUUAUGACUUAUCACACUGUGCUCCAUACAUCCUCUGACUAUAUUGAUGCCAUGAGAAAAGCAAGGAUGGUGGCCGCUAAUAUCACCGACAGCAUGGGCCUCCAGGACAAAAACUACCGGGUCUUCCCCUACAGUGUAUUUUACGUUUUCUAUGAGCAAUACCUGACUAUCGUGGUUGACACAAUCUUUAACCUUGGUGUAUCCCUGGGAGCAAUAUUCUUGGUGACUACAAUACUCCUGGGCUGUGACCUGUGGUCUUCAGUGAUCAUGUGUGUUACAAUUGCUAUGAUUUUGGUCAACAUGUUUGGAGUUAUGUGGCUUUGGGGCAUCAGUCUGAAUGCUGUUUCCUUGGUCAACUUGGUAAUGAGUUGUGGUAUCUCUGUGGAGUUCUGUAGUCACAUAACCAGAGCAUUUACUAUGAGCACAAUGGGGAGUCGGGUAGCACGUGCUGAGGAGGCACUGUCUCACAUGGGCAGUUGUGUUUUCAGUGGAAUUACACUGACAAAAUUUGGAGGGAUUGUGGUCUUGGCCUUUGCCAGAUCUCAAAUUUUCCAGAUAUUUUACUUUCGGAUGUAUUUAGCUAUGGUCCUGUUGGGUGCCACCCAUGGCUUAAUAUUCCUCCCAGUAUUACUUAGCUAUAUAGGGCCAUCAGUGAAUAAAGCUAAAAGCCGUGCUGCUCAAGAACGAAACAGAGGCACUGAACGAAUAUAUUCCAUUAACACUGCUAUUACAAACUUAUGAGAUAUCUUGUGUAAAGGGGAAAAAAACAUUUACUAGAGUGGAUUUCAUGCUAACAGAACAAAGGGAGAUCUAUAAAAUUACAGGUCUGUUUCACAGUAAAAUAAAAAGGAAGUUAACAGGA